GGGUUUAAAUUCGUCCCUCUCCGCCUGGCUUCUCGCAAAGAUCUGCUUGUCAGCUUGCCUCUGUCUCCUCUAACGACUCUAAUAUUCCCUUAAAAGUAACAUCAUUCUGGAUUCUUUGGAAUUACUAAGGUGGCAAAAGAGAUCAUGGUGCAUACCGUAGGAAUGAUUGAAGAUUGUGGGAAAAGAGGGAAUACCAUGGCAGAAAGAAGGCAGCUGUUUGCAGAAAUGCGUGCUCAAGAUCUGGAUCGCAUUCGUUUGUCCACCUACCGAACAGCGUGCAAGCUUAGAUUUGUUCAGAAGAAAUGCAACUUGCACUUGGUGGACAUCUGGAACGUGAUAGAAGCCUUGCGGGAGAACGCACUGAACAACCUGGAUCCCAACAUGGAACUGAACGUGGCUCGCCUGGAAGCUGUGAUCUCAACUAUCUUCUACCAGCUCAACAAACGGAUGCCGACGACCCACCAGAUCAACGUGGAGCAAUCCAUCAGCUUACUGCUCAACUUCUUGCUGGCAGCCUUUGAUCCGGAAGGACAUGGUAAAAUUUCCGUUUUUGCUGUCAAAAUGGCCUUGGCAACUCUUUGUGGAGGAAAGAUCAUGGACAAAUUAAGAUAUAUUUUCUCAAUGAUUUCUGACUCCAGUGGAGUGAUGGUUUAUGGCAGAUACGACAUGUUUCUGCGGGAAGUUCUCAAGCUGCCCACAGCUGUUUUCGAAGGACCUUCAUUUGGUUAUACUGAGCAAUCAGCAAAAUCCUGUUUCUCACAACAGAAAAAAGUCACAUUAAACACUUUCUUGGAUACUCUCAUGUCUGAUCCCCCGCCACAGUGUCUAGUGUGGUUACCACUUCUGCAUCGACUGGCAAAUGUUGAAAAUGUCUUCCACCCCGUCGAGUGUUCCUACUGCCACAGCGAGAGCAUGAUGGGGUUUCGCUACCGCUGCCAGCAGUGUCACAAUUACCAGCUCUGUCAGGACUGCUUCUGGAGGGGCCAUGCCAGCGGUUCCCACAGCAACCAGCACCAAAUGAAAGAGUACACGUCAUGGAAAUCACCUGCUAAGAAGCUAACUAAUGCACUUAGCAAGUCUUUAAGCUGUGCUUCCAGCCGUGAACCUUUGCACCCAAUGUUCCCUGACCAGCCUGAAAAACCUCUAAACCUGGCUCAUAUUGUGCCUCCCCGACCUGUAACCAGCAUGAACGACACACUCUUCUCCCACUCUGUUCCCUCAGGAAGUCCUUUUGCAAACAGAAGGUUACUUGAGGGUAUAAAUGCAGCCAGUCCUGUGGCUGAUGAGCAUUCUCUUAUAAGGCUGUAUGUAAAUCAGCUUCACAACAAUUCACGCUCUUCUUCCAAGAAUACUGAAGUAGAGCAGAGCAAACUGCUGGCUAGGGCUGCUCCAGCUUUCUUGAAAGGCAAAGGGUUACAGUACAGCCUCGAUGUUGCAGACAGGCUGGCUGAUGAACAUGUACUCAUCGGGUUGUAUGUCAACAUGCUGCAGAGCAACCCCACACGCGUGCUCGACAGUGCAAGUCGCCUGGAUGAAGAACAUAAGCUGAUCGCCAGGUAUGCAGCAAGGCUGGCAGCAGAAACUUCUUCAUCACAGCAGGGUCAGCAGAGAGGGGCAUCAGAUAUCUCCUUCACCAUUGAUGCAAACAAGCAACAAAGGCAGCUGAUUGCAGAGCUUGAAAAUAAAAACCGAGAAAUCCUACAGGAGAUACAGAGGCUGAGACUUGAACAUGAGCAAGCAUCUCAGCCCACACCAGAGAAGGCACAACAAAAUCCCACUCUCCUUGCAGAGCUCCGGCUCCUGAGACAGAGGAAGGAUGAGCUGGAACAGAGGAUGUCUGCUCUCCAGGAAAGCCGGAGGGAGCUUAUGGUUCAGUUAGAAGGCCUCAUGAAACUGCUGAAGACCCAAGGAGCAGGCUCCCCACGCUCCUCACCCAGCCACACUAUCAGUCGACCGAUUCCAAUGCCCAUCAGGUCUGCCUCUGCCUGCUCCACCCCAACCCACGCACCUCAGGACUCUCUGACUGGGGUGGGAGGAGAUGUGCAGGAAGCCUUUGCACAAAGUGCAAGACGAAACUUAAGAAAUGAUUUGCUGGUGGCAGCAGAUUCAAUCACCAACACCAUGUCUUCUUUGGUAAAAGAACUAAAUUCUGAAGUGGGCAGCGAGACAGAAAGCAAUGUGGAUUCUGACUUUGGACGGACUCAUUUUGAUGACCUUGUUCCAUCCCCAACAUCUGAGAAGGCUUUCCUCGCGCAGAUCCAUGCCCGGAAGCCCGGGUACCUCCACAGCGCUGCUGCCACUGGCUCCAUCCGCAGUGACAUGGUUACAGAAGACGGAGACCCCUAUGUCAGAGCAGAUGAUGAAAAUUAUGAAAAUGACUCUGUCCGCCAGCUGGAGAACGAACUGAAGAUGGAGGAGUACCUGAAGCAGAAGCUGCAGGAUGAGGCAUACCAGGUCAGUUUGCAAAGUUGAGUGCAAUAUCCUUCUCUCUCUCCUCUCAAGCAAGCUGCAGUCAGACAGACAACGAAAGCUACGUAAGAACUGAUGAUGAGGAGAGCUGCUUUCGGACAGACGAUGAAGAAAACUCAACUGCGAACUUCACAGAAGAGUGGAACCAAGAGGUGCAGCGUCUCUUGACAAAAAAAUCACAUACCUAAGUUCUGAGGACUGUAGCACAGUACUUUUGUUCUAAGAGUUGUAGUUUGUAGAUGUGUGUUUUCGACAACAAGACUUUUGUUUAAAGCUAACUUGUAUUAGCUACAUCUUCUGUAACAUGGCUCAUUACUGGUGAAGAAAACAGACGGAUGUACAUACUGCUGUUACAAAGGAUGGCGGUAUUAAUAACUCACGUGAACCCUUUGCACAUGAUAUUGAACCUGUUCAGUUUACAAUGACAAUACUGUUUAUAGAUAGAAAUUUGAUUUCUCAAUACUUUGAGAUUUUAGUAGAUCAGUUUACUAUACACUGUACAUUUUUUCCACAGAAGAAAUAAAAAGCUACAAUUAUGCAUUUAACACUGAAUUAUACUCCUGAGUGUAUAUAUCUAGUAGCCCAAAAAACAAAGUACCAGACUAUAUUUGCAAUUUGUUUGCAGGUCUUUAAAUUAAGACUUAUACAAAAUGUACUAAAAUAAUAAUAAUAUAAUUAAUAGUAGUAAUAAUUAAAAAAAAAAAACUCUCUAAUUUAGGGCUAAUGUGUAACUUAGGAAUGUUUCUUUCAAAAUAAUCUAACAAAUCAGCCAUAGAAGUUAGUGUAAAUAUUUUUUUUCCAAAUAGAUAUCAUAUACAAAAGGUGACAUUCAAAUGAUAUAGAAUCUAGUUUUUAAAUCAGCACAGAUCUUCUUAAAACUGUGAACUAUGUUUUGAAAUACUCGUUGCUAAAGCUGUUUAUAAACCACAGGUGCCAUAAGAUCCCUGAACUGACUGAUGUUAUGUAUAAUCCUCCAUGGUAUUGUUUCAUUGAUGUUUUAGCUUUAGUAAGCAUGUGUUCAACAAACUGGCUCUUUCCAUCUCUCUGCCCUUCCCCCUCCUCCCCCCAUUAUGUUAUUUUCGAGGCCUUCAGCUUUAAAUGUACAGGCUUAAAGUGCGCUUGCAACUGUUUUAUUUUUAUUUCCGAAUGUGUAUUGCCUUAGCCAGCCACCAGAUGUUCUGCAUGCACUCUUGGAAAUGUGUAGUGAGACUCUUUCGGAGCUGGAUGGAGAAAUAGCUAUCAGAGAAAAGCACAAGAGAAGCGGUGGGUUUUUUCGAAAGGACAGGCAUACAGUUACAGAAUUGGAGUUUUGGCCGGUUUAGUAUUUUUUGAGCAUAAAGUCAUUUCAGGAGAAAGAGGACUUACCUGGCCAUUUUGGGUUAGGCAGUGAGACUGCUAGCUAAAGAGUGUUUGCUCUGCUGUGACUACAAACCUACAGACACUCCUGAGCAGGGAUUGACACAAGCUGGCUGUGGUGUCCUCCCCACGGCAUACUGCUUGGAAAUACAGACGCCGCCUGGGUGGCACCCGGUGCUGCUGCACAGAGAGGUCGGAGCCAGGCCAGGACCCGCUAGACCAGGACCAGCUAGACCAGGACCAGCUAGUCCAGGACCAGCUAGACCAGGACCAGCUAGUCCAGGAGCCGGGCCGUAAGACGGUGCGGUGUUACACGCUGGCCACACAGCUCCCCCCCCCACCCCCCCGGCCCCGAGAAGCGCGGUGUGGCAGCUCAGGACAACCGCUACGCUCGUGGAAUUUUACUUGCCCUGAUCCAGCAGUGAGGCUUCCAGCAUCGGGCUGACCCGAGGUGACACAGUAGCGUUUCGUACAGAUUAUUUCGCGCCAGCAGGGUUUGCCUACAGCAAGCGGUGAGGUGCCCGUCUCAAGCAGGUUAACCUGGCUUGUCUGUCCUCGCUGUCACGGUGAGUGACCGGGAUGUGCGCUGCCGUAUUUACGUGAGAUUGAUACGUAGCUCGACCCAGUUUGCCCACGUUUACUUGCCCCUCUCUAGGCUCGUGGCUGUUUCCCUGGGCACUGUGUGUUAGGGAAUGAGCAUCAGUAUGAAAGAGCUGCUGCCACUUUUCACUUCCCCGUUGUAUUACUGCGCGUGCAGGUCUCUUGUCCGCGUCUCCUUGCGUAUCUGGGCUUGGUCUCAGACAUCCAAACGCAUACUAAGGCUUCCAGGUAUCUUCAUGUAAGCUUUUCGUUUCUGCCACACUGGUCUUUGCUCCUGGGGUAUGGGCCAUCCUGGCAAGGCAGGCACCGUAUCCUCCGAUGCCCCCCCCUCCAACCUCCUCUCAGGAAUGGGUGAGCCUCCACUAGUGCCUAGCACUCCACGUUUAAAGCUACUCCAGUGAAGCUGUAGAUGUUGCUGUCAGCUCAGGAUUCCAGGCAAGCAUUUCCUGAACAGAGAUAAACCAAGCUAGAACACAGCUACAUGCAAUGGCUGACUAAUUCAACCCAUGUCGUGUUUAACUGUACCCGGAGUAAUACAUCCCUCCCAUCAUCUUAAUGUCUGCGUGCUCAUAUCGCUAUGCUUAAAAUAGAUGCAAUAGAAUAAAUCCAUUGCAAGGGCUUCCAGACUAGGAGUAAGGAAAAAAGGUUGACGGAUCAAGCACCUUUCUCUCAGGCUGGUGUCAACAAGGUGAUCCCCAGGAGAGCUCUGGGUCCCUUACGCCCUGGAACUCUGGAAAUGAAGCACCUCUUACUUGGAUCUCCAAAUAUCUAUUUUAAGCAUUUUCCAACUGUUAAGCUGGCUGCGUUUUUGCCCAGCUGGUCUUUGUCUGUUUAUUGAAUCUUAUUUUGGUUGUGGUUUGCGGUCAUUAAAACAAACAGAGUUACAGAAGAGGUCCCUGGUGUGGGCCUUUUCUUAGCUACCAAUGGCCCACCACAGCAGUCAAAACUCCAGGUGGUUUUAACUGUCACUGGAGGGAAACCAGUGGUUUGGAAUCGGGAGGCAGGGAUGUGAAGAUAUAUAGGGUCCUUGAAUGUCCAAAGCGAAGGUGGAGAAUGGGUUGUCUGUAAGUAGUAAUGUUAACUAAACUGCAUAAAAAGGUGUGUGGCCUUUGUUGUGAUAUAAUAUGUAUUUUCUUAUAUGCAUGAGCCAAAUUGUUGCAUCAUAAUUUAUCAUAAGUGUGUCCGCCUUUACUUUCAGUCAUCUUCUCCCAUCCUUAUUGGUUCUUGGCAAUUACUGUAGAUAGACCUUGUAAAUAUUGCAACCUCGGGUUGCUGUAAUCACGUUGGUUCAAUUCAGCAGACGGAGCUGUGAACAACAAGCACUCCACUGUGUCCUGAAGACAAAAGGGCAUUUUUACCUUUGAACCAAAAAAAAAAAAAAAAAAAAAAAAAAGUAUGAAGAGUUACAUCUUGAGGCUACUAACUGUAAGGCAUUUUUAAAACUACUGAACUUGACACCACUUGAGACGGAUACAGAGACACUAAAGAUGUCACAAUAUUCAUUGGUAUUGUAACAGAACUGCUAUUGUAUGGGUUUUUUUGUAUUGCUGUUAAGUAUUGUUUUGUGUGUGUGUGUUGGAACCUACUGGGGACAUGUUAUAUUUUGAAGUGAUUAAACUAUUUAAUUGUGUGUCUAUAUUUUGGAAUGGAAUUAUUUCUUCAUUAAAAAGAUUUUUAAAAGUAA